CUAGUCGACAACUAUCCACGUGUUGCAUAAAGUCGUGCACUCGAAGGCGGAGUUCUGCGGGAUGUAAGCUGCGACGAAGGACACAGCGGCGGUCCUUUGUGAUCAUACCCAUUUGUGUGCCGUCCUACCAGCUGGGUUUGGCACCAAUGUGUCGGGUCCGACAUUCCCGAGGCUCUCCAGAUCCUCACAGCUCUACGAGCAGAACAAAAAAGAGAUUCAAACACCGUGAUGGUUCUCUGAUGACCUUCAGGCCCACCUGUACGUUCAGGCUUGCAUCGAUGCGCUCGUCAAAUCUAAGAUGCGGGUUGCCGUCCAAUCUGAUGUCCAGGCUGCCAACUCUCCCCCACCACCCGCCGACUCUGAGGUUCGGAGUGUCCGAAGAGUUCUGAACCUCAGAGAAUUGCAUGGGGAUGCCGAGAAAGUGUGUGUUGCGGGCGGCGGAUGGGUGAGCAGGGGUUGCCAGGGAGACAAGUGCGUUGGAGCUGAGCCAGACGGUGGUGAGAGACUUGAGUACGACCGCAGGGGAUAGCUUGAUGGCGCGGAUAGCAUUGCCGGAGAGCUCCAAGCGGCUCAGUUGCUGGAAGCCCUGCCAAUACGUUGGCACUCCGUCUGACAGCACAGAUACGCACACAGGGUACAUGCAUUCAUGCAUUCAUCCAGUCAUCCAUGCCUCUCUCUUCCUGCAGACCAUUAUCUUUGUCGAUCGCCCAAAGACUUCCCUCCUCCAGAGUCCCCGUCAGCCCACAGUUGCUGGCCUGCAAGAUCCGCAGCUUUGGAGCGUAGGCAAACGGUAGGAAGAAGGCGUUGACGUCCGCCUUUAGCAGAGGAUUUUCGCUGAUGUCCACGGAGGCGAGCUCCUCCCAAUUGGGGCCCUGGUCCAUGGACUCGAGCAUGACGCGCAAGUUGGCCAGCUGAGCGACGACGAAGUCGCCGUUGCGGAACCAGUCGGCGGGGUGUCUGCCCCAAGUGACCCACUCCUUGAUCCGGUUGUGGUCGAGCCUGAGGCUCUGCACAGACCCCAGAGACCGCCACGACCGUGAGAACUCCUUGAGGCUGUUACGGCUGGCUGACACCUCCUUCAACUCGCAGCAGGGCAGCUCGCCGUCGAAGUCUUCAAGUCGAUUUGAGGAAACAUCCAGGAACCUGCGUUUAUUAAUGGGUUCAUUCAUUCAUUCAUUCAUCGGGAGAGGGGCGGAGGUACGUACCUUAGAUUUGUGAGGUUCGUGAGUGGCGGGACGGCUCCCUCUAGGAGAUUCCCUCUCAGGUCGAGCUCCUCCAAUGCAGUCUAAACGCAGGAACAGCCAAACAAGCAGCCCAACCAACAAAAUAUACUAUAUAUUCAAAGCCAUUCAUCUAUUCAUUCAUCCAUUAAUCCAUCUGCCUCCAUCUGUCUUCACCAUUACCGCACCAGGUUGUUGAUAGUCGUGGGCAUACUGCCUUGGAGCUGGUUAUCUGCCAGCUUCAGCGACCGCAGUAACCGCAGAUUCCCCAGGGACGCGGGAAUCCUCCCAGCGAGGCCGUUCCCGCUCAGGUCCAGCGUUGUCAGGCUCGUCAAGUCCCCAAAGCACUCCGGGAUGCUGCCCUUAAGCCCCGCGCGAGCUAUGUUGAGGUCGUACAAGGACGUGAUGUCACAGAGGGCUUCGGGGAUGCCGCCUUCAAGGGAUGUGUCCUGCAGCUCAAUGAGUCCGAGGCUGGUCAGCUUCUUCCACUCGGGAGGAAUGUGCCCCGUGACGUUGCGGUUGCCCUGGAGCUUCACAGUCCACAGGACGGGGGACUGGCUGAGCCGCGGCAAAGGGCCUGACAACUGGUUGCCCUCCAGGUCGAGAGUCUUCAGCUUCGGCAGCUGGCUCUCAAUCAGAGGGAGCGGGCCAAAUAGUCUGGUGUACUUGAGCCGCAGGGUCACCAAGCUCUGCAUUGAGGCUAUAGACGGGUCCAGGGUGCCGGUGAUGGGCGUCCAAGAUAUCGACACGCGCUCCAGGGAGGUCAUGUUGUCGAAGGAGCGGGGAAGCGGCCCAUCGAACGAUGUCAGAUGUGCCAACGUCAGCAGAUUGAGCUUGGAGAGCAAUCCGAUAGACUCCGGCAGCCCCCCCUCCAGGUUGGGGCACUGGAAAGCCUCCAGACUGCGCAGCUCCGGCAGCCUGGUACCAAAGUCGUCAGGGAGCCGCCAUCGGAUUCGCAGAUUGCGGAGGAUGAGCCCUCUGAGUUCGGUCAGCUUGGUGACGGUGGGCGGCAUCUCGCCUUCGAGCUUGCUGAGUAGAGAGAGGUAGAGCCACCGCAUGUUCGUGAAGUUGCCGAUUUCUGGAGGAAUCUGCCCAAUGAAGUGGCAGUCUUCGAUGAAAAGAGCCAUGAUAGUCUUGAGGGAGAAGAGCUCGGGCGGCAUCUGCGCCUCAUCGACCCCACACGUCACCGCCUUGUCAUCAAAGCCCCUUGUGUGACAAACAAACAGCACAACCACGCAUCGUGUCGUGCUCAAUAGCGCGGGCCCCCGCCUGCUUACUUGACAAUCGUUCCGUAGCCCCUCCGGAAUGUCAGCAUGAGCCCCUCCUUUGGAUUGUCGUCGCCGACCUCAUCCCACCUAAUGCAGAAGGCCCACCCCAGAUCUGCCUGCUCGCAUAUCGACUUGCCCUCCUGCGGUCUGGGGAUUCCCAGCGCCUUGGCUAUCGCCACCAAAGCACCACGGUCCUCCUCACACUCGGGACAGUCAUCGCGGCCGUUGAGGAACAUGUAACCCGACCCCCCGGCCAGUCUCUGCCCACCCGCCGACGCCGAACCAGCCUCAUCGUCUUCACCGUCCUCUUGGAGAGCGCGGGACGGUGCCGCCGCAACAGAUGGGGACGCCGUGUCUGAUGAGUGCUGCCCACAGACGAUGGCGAGCGGGGAAACCAGGAGGAGGUACAAAACCAGCCGGAUUUGGUGGUGCUCCAUCAUCACAUCACGUCACCCCUCGUGACUCAAUUUUCGGGAUAGAGAGCUGGA